UCGUCAGACCCUCCUAUGUGAAGGCUUUUGCGUUCUUUGUUCUUUUACCCCUCGCAUUUCUAGUCUUGUCAGUUUCUGUUCAAGAGAGUGUAAACACAGCACAGGCAGCGAGACGGGGCUUGCCCAUGGCAAGCUCAGGGGUGAGAGACACACGGAGGAAAGGACGACAGAGACGGGACAUGUGUGGCGCGGUGUUGUUCACGCUGCUUCUCUGCGUGCUCAGGUGCGCUGAGGGCGAUAAUCCGAGUAACAUCGUGGUCAUUCUCACCGACGACCAGGACGUGGAGCUUGGGGGAAUGACCCCGAUGAAGAAGGCCAGAUCCCUGAUAGGUGAUGCUGGUGCUUACUUCACCAAUGCGUUCACAGUGGCACCCCUGUGCUGUCCGAGUCGGAGCAGCAUCCUCACCGGAAGGUACCCCCACAACCACGGGGUCCGUAACAACUCCCUGACAGGCAACUGCAGCAGCCCGGCCUGGCAGAAGGGCCCAGAGAGCCUGGCCUUUCCUGUCUACCUCAACAAGCAACUGUACCAGACAUUCUAUGGGGGGAAAUACCUCAACCAGUAUGGAAAGAAAGAGGCAGGAGAGGUGAGCUACAUCCCUCCUGGCUGGGACCAGUGGCAUGCGUUGGUGGGGGACUCCAAGUAUUACAACUACAGCCUGUCAGUGAAUGGCAAGGAAGAGCAACAUGGUGAUCGCCAUGACCAGGACUACCUGACAGAUCUCAUUGCAAACAGAUCUUUGGAGUUCCUGGACAAACGGAGCCCCCAGCGCCCAUUUUUUGUCAUGCUGGCUCCCCCUGCGGCCCAUUCACCCUGGACAGCAGCUCCUGAAUAUGAGGGUGCCUUCAAUAACACAACAGCUCCCCGUGAUGGUAGCUUCAAUAAGCCAGGCAAGGAUAAACACUGGCUUCUGCGGCAGCCCCUCAACCCCAUGUCACCUAAUUCCAUCAAGUUCCUGGACGAUGCUUUUCGCAAGAGGUGGCAGACUCUGCUAUCUGUGGAUGAUUUGGUGGAGAAGGUGGUGAAGAAACUGAUGGACCUGCAAGUGCUGAACAACACAUAUAUCUUCUACACCUCUGACCAUGGCUACCAUACUGGCCAGUUCUCCCUCCCCAUUGGCAAGAGGCAUCUGUACGAGUGUGACAUUCGUGUCCCACUCAUGGUGCGCGGGCCAGGGAUCAAACCCAACCAGACCCUGCGGGCUCCUGUAUUGAAUAUUGACCUGGCUCCCACCUUCCUGGAUAUCGCUGGGUUCAAUCUGUCCACAGUGAACAUGGAUGGACAGUCUUUCCUGCACCAUAUGGCCCCUUCUCUGCGCAAUGGUACAACUCGUCCGUAUUUUCUGGUGGAACACACAGGGGAGGGACACUCCGAUUCCGAUCCAGCUUGUCCUAAAUUGGGCCCAGGCCUGUCUCACUGCUUCCCAGACUGCAUUUGUGAAGAUGCCUUUAAUAACACAUAUGCCUGUGUGCGUAUGCUGACUGACAAGAACUUGCAGUACUGUGAAUUUGCAGACAGUGAGUCCUUUGUGGAAGUCUAUGAUCUGACCUCUGACCCGCAUCAAAUGGAAAACAUAUUGAAGAAGGUUGAUCCUACCCUCCUGCAGACUAUGAACCAAAGGCUGAUCAAGCUGCAGUCAUGUGAGGGAAGCACCUGCUGGAACACCAAAUAUUAGCCACAAAAUAUUGGCCCAUCUGGACAUGGAUGAUGUGAUAUAUGUCGAGUACAAUGAUAUGUUCAGAGUACUGUUGUCAGUGGUUCAAUCGCCUGUCUCAUAACAAAGGUUUGUUUUUAUCACUAUGGAAUGGCAUUUUGGUUUAAAAAAAAAAGCAAAAGGAGAGAAAGAAUUAAUUAAAUACAUAUGAAAUUAACAAUUUCUUUAGCUAUCCAGGUUCUCACAUACACAGUGAAGUAAAAUGACAGUGAAUUUGGUGCAUGUUUCAAAAAGUGGCCAAUUUUAGGGACAAAUAAUUAUUGCUGCUGUUGCUUUCUAUUGCAGUUGUUUGCACAUUCCUGAUUUGGUGAAAAUGUUUU